AUGUUUUUAUUAGGUGAAGGAAAUGAGUUCGGCUCGAUCUUAACUUGUAAACAGAACUCAUCUUUCUUCUGUUCUGGAAGUGGUUUUGGGUGUCAUUACCUUCACCUCCACAAGGGGCAGUGUCAGUCUGACCCUUACCUGGAUGGAUGCCGCAUUUAUAAACCCAUUCAAAACAGAAGUGAGUGCUGGAUGGUCGAAAAUGUCCCAGAGUCUUCACAAGAUGAAAUGUUUGGAUCUGACAGUCGGUGUUUCGUUUCCAGUCUCAGUUCGCAGGGUGGCGUGCUGAACACCUCCACAGUGGGGCGCUGUUACAGACACCGAUGUACUGGACUUAACCAGUACCAGGUAAAAGUGCGUGAUUCUGACUGGGUGAACUGUCCAGCAGGAGGCACUGUUCAGAUCGAAGGAUAUGCGGGUUCUGUUUGGUGUCCUGACAGGCGACUGUGUGUGCCCAAUGUAUCUAUCCAGUCUCACAUUUUAGGUGAUUACAGCAAAUCCCAGCAGCCUAUUGUCGUGGGGUCGAUAUGGAGGAGCCCUGCGCUGCUCUCAGCUCUGGUGCUGUUGGCUCCUCUCUUCCUCCUGCUCCUCCUGCUCCUCCUGCUCCUCCUGGUCAAUGUCUCUGUCUCCUGUCGCUGCUGCAAGGUCAGGGUUCACAGCCUCCAACAAGAACAACACAUGCAUCCGACACGUGCAUAA